AUGUCGGUGCUCUGCUCAGUCAAAAGCUCAAAUAGUCCCAGAGGUGACUGUUCUGUGGAAGAUGACCGGAAUCAGGAAAACAGCUAUGAAGAAAUUGGGGUUCCACGUUUUGGACAUAGAACGCAGGAUGAAUCAGUAUCUGAAGAAUCGUUGGUGAGGACCAUAAGUGAUUUGUGCCUUGAUGUAACAGAUCUUCAGUGCCAAGAUGAAGAGGUUAACCAGUCUGUUGAAGAUAAACUACAGCUGUUAUUAGAUUCCAUUUCAGAGGAGGAACAAAAUAAAAUUACUACAGAAAACAAGUCUCUGUCUCCAGAUCAGAUGACAACAGAGCCUCUAGCUGACCUUGUCACUUCAUUUGUCGAAGAAAAUUCCCAACCUUCUGUAGAACUCCCUUCUGAUUCUGUGCAUAGUUGUUCCAAAUCACCUUGUGAUGGUGAUUGCGAAUAUUCCCCUCCAGGCUCCCCAGUGGAAGCUUGGAUUUCUAAUGAUAGUUCGCUUGAUUUCUCUGGAGAGAAAUCCUCCAAUGGUUCAAGUAAAGAUUUUCCAGCAUUUUCCACCAGCUUAUGUCAAGAUUUCCAGCACUUAGAUAUUUCCAACAAUGAUGUGGGUACAGGGAGUGACUCAGAGACAACAACCGUGAAAGAAUCUGAUCUAGGCAGCCUUAAUGAAAACGCACUUGAUCCUUUGCUUGCAUCCGACACUUCUAGUUUUCUUGAUAAUUCUUCUUUAGACCAAUGUUGUUCUCUACCCUCAGAUUCUUGGUGCUUUGUCAAAUGCUACUCUGAUGAGUCAAGUAAUAUUUCAGCUCUGAUUGACUCUUCUGUAUCUGAUGGAUGUGAUAUUUGGGAGACUGACCUUUCUUCUGCUGGUUCUGAGCUCUCAGACUCUUGGUGCUUCAGCAGGCAUUUAAAUACUGUUGGCCACUUUAAUUCAACUCCUUGUAAGACUGACAGUCCACUGGCUCAUCAGGUAAAUAAUCAGUGUAUAGAACCUGUUAAGCACCUUAUUUUUACAGCUGAAGAUGAAAUUAUGACUGAGCAUGAAAUAACAGUGCCAGUCAGCAUCAGUUCUUCUGAUUACUUAACUAUGGAACUGUACACAGAUCCUCCUCCUGAGGAAGUGGAGCAGAAACUACCAGCAAUUGAGUGUUUGAGCCUGGAGGAUUCAUCUAUCUCAAAUGAGGAACAUCGGAUUCAGACACAGAAAAAAUUCCAAGUCGAAGGGACUGAGCUCUUUGUGACUCCAAAUGAUAAGCCAACCAAGGAUGAAUUUGCAAAGACAUUGCCGCAAAAGGCCCUUCAUAAAAAAACGACACGGCAGAUUUCCAAUUCAAAAACAACAAAAGUGAAGCCAUCUUUGAAUAGUGCUUUGCAGUCCAAAGAAAGAAAACAAACGGACAAUUCUGCAAAAUGUUCUUCUCAUCAACCGCUAAUGUUUACCACAAUGAACAGUCGAAGUUCUCAAGAUCUGGAGAGAAAAUCUGCUGCUACCAGAACAAAGAAGCAAGUAACUGCGAAUAUAAAACAGCCUCCUUAUGACAAAGUGAAAACAUCUACCGACCAUGAUAAAUUAAAAUCUCCCAUUGGAGCAAUUACAAAAAUAAAGAAGGAACCAGUUUCAAAUAUGCAACCCCUGAAUGUGCAGUUUUCAAAAUCUGAGAAAAUUCCUUGGAACACUGUCAGGUCCCCAUCAAAACAAAAGUCUCAGCCAAAAGCCGUAUCUCCCGACAUCAUCAUUAUUGAUUCUUUGGAAACGACUCCCCAGACUCGCACAACAACAAUGAUGCCUCUGAAGUCUAAGAUUCCAGCUUUUGACUAUGUCAGCAAAUCAGCUAAACCUGUAUCUACAGAGAAGCGAAAGGCUCUGAAAGAGUCGAGCAGGCUAUUGCAGGGGAAAACAUCCUCUCAGGAAGGUAAUCUCAAGCGGUCGUUUCCUCGGACAGGCCAACAAGUUGGCAGUAAACCGGUUCCUGAUGAGGAAGACAAAGCAGACAUUACUGGAUCCCGUUUAGAACUGUCAGUGAAAAAGAGGCAAGUAAAAGGAAACCCUGUCUCUGCCCCUAACCCAGUUUCAUGCAUCCCUACCUCAGCUGCCAAAAUGAAAAGGAAGUCACUAGAUAGUCUUGCCACAAGCACUGUUACAGUGAGAAGGCUGAAUACUAAAACAAGGCUCAAAUCACCAGAUGCAACUUGUGCUGGAGACACUUUAGCAGGCCUUGUUCCAGCAAAAGAUAAGACUGCAAAGGCCUUAUCUAGCAAGGCAGAGAAGCUUAGACGUCGGACUUUGGUAGUUCCGGCUUUAGAGAUGAAUGAUGUCACAGUUGUAGAUCUUGAACCUUUAUCAUCAACAAGUUCCAGCAAUGACUGUUCAGUUGCUGAAGAUAUUUUUGAUAAGCAAGUGACCACAAGGACAAAAAAGAGAUGCCAAUCAUUAGAGUCUGCUUCCUUCCCUAUUGAAAACUCUCUUGCUGAUGCUGAUCUAACUGUAUUGCUGGUGACAGACUCAACACUUGUUGGUCAUAAUACCACAGAAGAAGACUAUAAGAAUGCUAGCAAAGCAAACAAACAAUGCCAGUCUGUUGGUUUGGCUUCAAUAUUUCCCAAAGGCAACCUUGAAAUUGUUGUCAACACUUCACCUGAACCUCGGGUCUUAGCACAAGGUCUAGCUAAUGAUAUGCUAGCUGAUGAGAAUAUCGGUAAAGUAGCAAGAGGUAAGAGAAAAUCUCAGUCAAUGGGAUCUGUAGGAGUUAAGGAGUCUCAGCCUGAAUCAGCCACGUCGGAACCUGUGUCUAUUUUGGAUGGGGGUGCUCCUGCUGCUCGAAGUCAGCCGAUGCUUCGCAGAUCAACCAGACGUAGCUCCAUUGAACUCUCUUUGUCAUCAAAUCCAAAUUGGAAGCAAAUGUCUGCUGCCCAACACAGUAGCCAAAAGGUUGCACAGUCAGCUGCUGAAAAUGCUGAUGGCAUGGCAAUAAAUGGUGAUAAUGAUUCUGAUGAUGAUGAACAACUAAGGGAAAUCUAUGCAAAGAAACCAUAUGUUCCUUUCUUUCCCACGAAACUGGAAACUAUCUAUAGUCCAACCAAAAAGCGUGGCGAGUGCAGUGUGUUUAGUAAGCGAAAAUUAAGUCGAAUGAUCACUUUUCAACCCUCGGAGGCACGGCUUAAGAACCGGCGGAAAAAGGCGAUGAGGAAUUGGCCAUUUCUCAUUGAAGUUCCCGAUGCAGAUGAGAAGCUACAUAAAUUAUUGAAUAUGCCAUAA